AUGGCGGCAAGAAAGGAAGGGAUAGAGUCCAGGGGGGAAGGUAUAGCAGCAAGAGGGGAAGGGAUGGAGGCGAGGGGGGAUGACGUAGUGGCGAGGUUAGAACGUGUAGGUCAGAAGCGGAGCAAAAGAGGGGGAGUGAGGAGGAAACUGGUGCUAGAGGCAUCAUCAGGCGCAGCGUGUGGGGAGGGCGGAGAGGCAGGCACAGGGGGGGCUGCGAGGGGCGAGAGGAGGGUGAUAGAGGCGUGGAGGCCCGUCAAGGGGCGGUACCUGCUCGCGCUCUGCACCUACGGCCGCCUCUCCAACCAGCACAGCACAUGUACGUACGUGGCCCUGGCAGCCCUAUUGAACCGCACGAUCAUCAUCCCACGGCACGGCUUUGCCAUCUCAGUGGUGGCGGAGCGGAGUACUGGUGGGGCCAUUAUGAACGCCCUAAUACAUCCCUCCCUUCGACCUCCCUCUCCCCCUCCUUCCCUUCCCCCCACCCCCCUUUCUCCCACUCACCCCAACCAACAGGAAGCGUGCAUGCACAUGUAUUUGGCCCUGGCAGCGCUCCUUAACCGAACGCUCAUCAUCCCGCGCCACGGCUUUGCCAUCUCAGUGGUGGCGGAGUAUCGCUGGCAGUGGGGCGUCAUUGUGAACGUGCCCCACAUGCGCUCCUGCCUCGUGCCGCACUACCCCUCACCCCUUCCUGCUGCUUCUACUGGCUCUCCUGGAUCCGCUGCUGGGGCUGCUGCUGCUGCUGCUGCUGGCUCUGCUACUGCUGCUGGCAGUGGCGUUACCUCUGGCAACAGCAGUGGCAGUGAUGGCGGCAGCAGUAGGGGAAGUGAUGGCAGCAGCAGCAGCAGCGGUGAUAGUAGUGAAUGGAGCUGGCAGGCAGCCAAUGGGGAGGUGCCGAGUGUGAUCAGCCAGGACGAGUACGAGGCACUGGAGGGGCGCAACCUCACUGUGGACCGGAUAGCGUGUGUUGUGCCACACACGUGCCUGAGCCACCCGCAGAUGGUGUUCAAGGCCCUGCUGGACAUAUCCUUUGCCUCGCACCUGGAGUACCCCCCUCUCCACUCCCACCACCGCGAGCUAUUGCACGUGCUCACACGCACUACCGCCACUUUUCAAUCGCAAUCGCAACUCAUUCCUUCCUCCCAUCUCUUCUCGCCUCCCCAUGUGUCCAAGGCCCUGCCAGACAUUACCUUUGCCUCGCACCUGGAGUACCCCCCUCUGCACUCCCACCACCUCGACGAGCUCCUGCACGUGUUCAAGGCCCUACCAGACAUCAAUUUCGCCUCGCACCUGGAGUACCCGCCUCUGCACACGCACCACCUCGACGAGCUCCUGCACGUGUUCUCCAGCACCGAUGCAACAGGGCAGGUGGCUUCUGAGUGGACGCAAGAGGCACAGCAGCAAGGCAUGAGGGAACCAGCAGCUGCGUCUGCUCUCGCUUCUUCUGCUUUACACCCCACUGCUACUCUUCUCCAACCACCCACCAUGGCUGGGAAUUACAGCAGCAACGCAACACUCUCACCUUCUUCCUCUUCCUCCUCUCCCCCCUCUCUCUCCUCCUCCUCACCCUCCUCCUCGCCCUCCACCUCUCUCCCCUACGCCGCAACGCCAGUGCUCUCCCUCGGUGAUCUCAACGGGCUCACCCUUGCCGGUCUGCCCUUUGACAUGUUCUCUCCUCACCCGCCCUUCCGCCUCUCCUGUGUCGACCUCUGGCUGCCCCCGCCACCGGUGGAGGGGCUCGUGACCGGAUUUAUAGACACCUUUCUGGGGGGAGACUACGCGGCAGUGCAUCUCAGGAGGUCGGAUUUCGCCCGGGUGUACCGCCACGCACACCAAACCAAGAGCCAUCCCGCCUUCCUGCCUAUCGUGGCAGUGGGGCGAUUCAUUAUGAGGCGCCUGGCUGAUCGCAGCGUAACAGCUGUCUACCUCGCCACUGACGCCAGCCAGUACGAAGUGGAGCUGCUGGAGAGGCUUCUCAUGGCCAAUGCGAGGUGGCACUGCAGGAGAGGCUUCUCAUGGGUGGGUGAGCCACCUGCGUCCCUCCUCUUCUCGUUUAUUCAGUUUGCCCAGGAGGCGUUUGAGAGGGUUCUAGGUGCCUUUAGUUCGCCAGCCAGCCAGUACGAGGUGGCGCUGAGGGAGAGGCUUCUCAUGGGCAUGGCGCGCAGCAGUCCCCUCGUUGUCCUGUCUUUCGAGUCGACUCAAAGCUUCCAGAAAAAGCUUGUGACUCAACAACAUUCCCCCGUCCGUACCGCCAUGUUCCCUCUCAUCCCAUGCACUGCAGGAAUGGCACCCGGCAGUCCCCUCAUUGUGGUGCGACUGCCGGCCUUUGGCGCCACUUCGGAUGAAUACCAGCGCUUCCCGUGGGUCAAGCGCUUGCCGUGGGUCAAGGUUCAUGCGGACAGGAUGCCGGUAGUUCCCCCCCUUUCUCCCCUCUUCUCCCUGUUUUCCCCCCAUUCUUCCCCCUUCUCCUCCCUUCUCCCCCUUUUUCCCCACUUCUCCCCUUUUGUUCCCACUGCAACCCCAUUCUCCCCCCUUCUUCCCCUUUCUCCCCCCUUCUCCCCCUUUCUCCCCCGUCCUAUCCCUUUCUCCCACCUUCUCCCCAUUUCCUCCCCCUUCUCCCCCCUUCUCCCCCCUUCUCCUCCCUUCUCCCCCCUUCUCCCCCCUUCUCCCCCUUCUCCCCCUUCUCCCCUUCUCCCCACAUCUCCCCCCUUGUCCGCAUCUGUGCAGACAUUUCACGAGGCCGAGAGGGACAUGGAGGGUGGUACAAACACCAACGGCAUUGCGAGAGCGCUUGCAGAGAAGCACAUAUGCGCACGGGCGAAGCAUUUCAUCGGGACUCCUUACUCGUCCUAUUCCAAAGACAUCUUUCGCAUGCGAGAGGUGCAGGGCUUGGCGUCUUGCGCUGAUGCUUAUAUUGAAGCAAUUUAG